UCCCCCGGCGGGCCCGGGGGCGCCGCCGCCGCCCCACGCUGGCGCAGAGGACCGGGCCCGGGCCCGCCUCGCCGCUGAGGAUGUCCCGGAAGGCGCCGCGGGCAGAGGUGUGCGCCGACUGCAGCGCCCCAGACCCUGGCUGGGCGUCCAUCAACCGCGGGGUGCUCAUCUGCGACGAGUGCUGCAGCGUGCACCGCAGCCUGGGCCGCCACAUCUCCAUCGUCAAGCACCUGCGCCACAGCCCCUGGCCCGCCACCCUGCUCCAGAUGGUGCACACCUUGGCGAGCAACGGGGCCAACUCCAUCUGGGAGCACUCGCUUCUGGAUCCGGCGCAGGUGCAGAGCGGGCGCCGGAAGGCAAACCCCCAGGACAAAGUGCACCCCACCAAGUCGGAGUUCAUCCGUGCCAAGUACCAGAUGCUGGCCUUCGUCCACAAGCUGCCCUGCCGGGACGAUGACGGUGUCACUGCCAAGGACCUCAGCAAGCAAUUGCACUCGAGCGUGCGGACGGGCAACCUGGAGACCUGCCUGCGCCUGCUCUCGCUGGGUGCCCAGGCCAACUUCUUCCACCCGGAGAAGGGCACCACACCGCUCCACGUGGCCGCCAAGGCCGGGCAGAUCCUGCAGGCAGAGCUGCUGGUGGUCUACGGUGCCGACCCUGGGGCGCCCGAUGUGAACGGCCGGACGCCCAUUGACUAUGCCAGGCAGGCAGCCCAGCACGAGCUGGCGGAGCGGCUGGUGGAGUGCCAGUACGAGCUGACCGACCGGCUGGCCUUCUACCUCUGCGGCAGGAAGCCGGACCACAAGAAUGGGCACUACAUCAUCCCGCAGAUGGCUGACAGGGUGCGCCCAAAGUGCAUGGCACAGAGCCUGGACCUCUCUGAACUGGCCAAGGCAGCCAAGAAGAAGCUGCAGGCGCUCAGCAACCGGCUCUUCGAGGAGCUGGCCAUGGACGUGUACGACGAGGUGGACCGCCGGGAGAACGAUGCGGUCUGGCUGACCACGCAGAACCACAGCACGCUGGUGACAGAGCGCAGCGCCGUCCCCUUCCUCCCUGUCAACCCCGAGUACUCAGCCACGCGCAACCAGGGCCGGCAAAAACUGGCCAGGUUCAACGCUAGGGAGUUUGCCACUUUGCUCAUCGACAUCCUCGGGGAAGCCAAGCGCCGGCAGCAAGGGAAGAGUCUGCUCAGCCCCACAGACGCCCUCGACUACUCGCUGCGGAGCCAGAGUGACCUGGACGACCAGCACGACUACGACAGCGUCGCCUCUGACGAGGACACGGACCAGGAGCUGCUGCGCAACGCCUCCCGCAACAACCGGGCCAGGAGCAUGGACUCCUCCGACCUGUCAGAUGGCCCCAUCACGCUGCAGGAGUACCUGGAGGUGAAGAAGGCUCUGGCUGCCUCUGAGGCCAAGGUGCAGCAGCUGAUGAAGGUGAACAACAGCCUGAGCGAUGAGCUGCGCCGGCUGCAGCGCGAGAUCCACAAGCUGCAGGCAGAGAACACGCAGAUCCGGCAGCAGACUGGUCCUGCCCAUCCAACCCCGGCCCCCAGCGAGCGGCCGGAGCACGGGCACCCCCCGGGCACGGCUCCUCAGCACCGCCGGGACCGCCAGGCCUUCUCCAUGUACGAGCCGGGCUCGGCGCUGAAACCCUUCGGGCAGCCGGUGGAGGAGCUGGUGACCCGGCUCCAGCCCUUCAGCCCCGGCGAGGUGGAGGACGAGGCUCUGUACUCCAUGCACAUCCCGGCCAGCGUGUACCGGAUCCGGAAAGGUCCAUCUGCCUCCUCGGUGCCCUUCCCUCCAUCCUCCCCGCUGCUCUCCUGCCCGCCUGAUGGUGCCCGACACAUGAGCAAGCUGGACCGGCACGGGAGCGGCACUGACAGUGACUACGACAACACACAGGCUGGUGAGGUUCUGAUCAGCAUGGAGGGGAAGCGGUAUGUGGAGCUGAGCAAGGAUGAGGAUUUCCCCCACGAGCUGGACCCGCUGGACGGGGAGCUGGACCCCGGCCUGCCCAGCACAGAGGAUGUCAUCCUGAAAACUGAGCAGGUCACCAAGAACAUCCAGGAGCUGCUGCGGGCAGCACAAGAGUCCAAGCAUGAUAGCUUUGUGCCCUGCUCAGAGAAGAUCCACUCGGCUGUGACAGAGAUGGCAUCACUCUUCCCUAAGAAACCAGCACUGGAGACGGUGCGGAGCUCCCUGCGGCUGCUCAACGCCAGCGCCUACCGACUGCAGAGCGAGUGCCGCAAGACUGUGCCCCCCGAGCCCGGCGCCACCGUGGACUACCAGCUCCUCACCCAGCAGGUCAUCCAGUGUGCCUACGACAUCGCCAAGGCCGCCAAGCAGCUGGUCACCAUCACCACGCGUGAGAAGAAGCAGUGAGCGCCGCGUCCCCCAUGGCCCCAGGCCCCCGCACUCUCCAUGUCUCCCUUCCCUCCGGCGGCAGCCGGCACCUGGGGCGAGCGUGGCUGUGCGGGGCCAUUCUGGGGAUCCGAGGUGCGGGGUUCCUCGUGCCCCCUGCGCCAUCGAGGAGCUGGUGCUCAGCCUGCGGGGUAGGUGCCUGCAUCCCCCUGUACAGCCCCUUGCCCGCCCCGCGGCACGUAACUUAUCCUGUACAUAGCCUCUGUAGCUGUCCGUGGCGGCGGUGGCCUUGUACCCCCACUCCCCACAAAACCCCUCUCUGGGUGGCCGGUACCCCCGAGGCCUCCCACGGCAUUACACUGGACUGGGGCGCCUGUGGGUCCCCCCCCUCCCCGGGCGUCCUGAACCCCCCCCCGGGCGUCCUGCCCCGUGGCGGGGCCGCGCUCCCCACUGUAAGAUGUGUCCUUGUACAUUUGUAUCAAUAAAGGUGUGAGCAAUG